CUGAGGGCAUCUCCGUGAUAUUUACCACUGAGCCUCCUCGGCACACACAGCGCCGGCUGCGUCGUACUUGGUCGAAUUGUAAGGGCAUCAAAAAUGGAACGGGAAGACACUUUGUUGUCCUCGGUUUUUGCAGAUGAUAUUGAAUAAAACACAAGGACUCCAGGGCGGUGUAAUGGUUUGACAUGUUUUGUCAUCAUGUCUUACGUUGGCGCACGAGACGAGUCUGUGAUGCCAAGCAGCAAGCCAGAAGCACUCGAAGAGGAUAAAGACUUGAAUGUAAGUAGUUUUAUGAAACGUUAUUUGAACGAUAAUUAAGUGACAUCUUCUCACCAAGAAGGAGGCGUGGCGCCAUUGGGUGUCCGAUCAGCUGUCCGAUCAGCUGUCCUUGGCAUACGGAUGACUUUUGCGCCGACACAAAUGAAGAGAAGACUCCAUGUGACACUAUAUAAAGGUCACGAAUGAAAACCACAUGGUUAAACGAACUCCUCUCGACUUUAUGUAGCAGAAUUUACGUGCGUUUUGGAAUUUGGAGAGGCAUCCAGGCGCGAUCCAUGUUUUGUUUAGGACACACAGGUACCGGCGGUACCUGCGGGACUUAAAGCACAGUUUGGACUUAAAGGCAGCGUUGGGCUGUGGGCCAGUGAUGCCGGAAACAUUCACACUCAUAAAGAACCGGACAGAGCCACGGCUGGGGCAGCUGGAGCGCGCACUGGCCACGGACGAGAGCGCUCGCCCCGCCUGGGUCAUAGCAAUCCUGGCCAGCGUCUUGAUCUUCACCACGGUGGUGGACGUGCUGGGAAAUCUGCUAGUUAUCAUAUCCGUGUUCAGGAACCGCAAACUGAGGAACUCUGGUAAUGUGUUCGUGGUGAGUUUGGCCUUUGCUGAUCUUGUGGUAGCUUUCUACCCCUACCCCAUGGUUCUCUAUGCUCUCUUCCACGAUGGAUGGUCAGUGGGGAACACACAAUGCAUGGUCAGCGGUUUUGUUAUGGGGCUGAGUGUCAUUGGCUCCAUUUUCAACAUCACCGGGAUUGCAGUGAACAGAUACUGCUACAUCUGUCACUCAUUCUCCUACAGUCGGCUGUACAGCUAUCGCAACACUCUGCUGUUUGUUGCCUUGAUUUGGGUUCUCACGGUCGUGGCCAUAAUCCCAAACUUGUUCGUCGGCUCCCUGCGCUACGACCCGAGGGUUUACUCCUGCACCUUCGACCAGAAUGUCAGCAGCUCCUACACAGUGGCCGUGGUGGUGGUUCACUUCCUGGUUCCCAUUGCUGUGGUUACCUUCUGUUAUCUACGCAUCUGGGUACUUGUGAUUCAGGUGCGACGCAAAGUGAAAUCAGAGGAGAGUCCUCGCAUCAGACCGAGUGACGUGCGGAAUUUCAUCACCAUGUUUGUGGUGUUCGUGCUGUUUGCCAUCUGCUGGGCUCCACUUAACCUGAUUGGCUUGGCGGUGGCCAUCGAUCCGUCUCAUGUGGUUCCCCGGAUCCCAGAAUGGCUUUUUGUGGUCAGCUACUUCAUGGCCUACUUUAACAGUUGUCUGAAUGCCAUCAUCUAUGGCUUACUCAACCGGAAUUUCAGGAACGAGUACAAACGCAUUGUCACAUCAAACUGGAUGGUUCGGCUCUUUGUGACGGAGACUUCGCGAGGCGCCACGGACGGCAGGAGCGUGAGGAGCAAGCAGUCGCCGCCUCAACCGAUCAACAACAACGACUCUCUCAGAGAUCGUUCAAACAAAGAAUGACUUUGAAAUCUAUGAGCCUGUUAAAUGGUAAUCCCUGUUUUUAUGUGACAUCCAGUCAGUUGUGCAGCUAAAGUGUCACAGAUGAAACUGACAUACAUACGUAGCUUGGUUUGAGUUAAAUGACAUUGAUCGGAAUAAAGUGCAGGGUAACUUGUCAAAAAGUGUUUCAAUCAUCAAAAGUAUUGGAGAAUCAUGUAAUGAUUUAUUUUUGGUUUUGGUUUGAGUGAGCAUUUCACUCAACAACUUUGCUAAAGUGCGAAACAGGGUUGAGUUUCCACUACAAAGUAUUAACAGAUUAAACAGAUCUGCUUUGUCCUGGUAGAACAGAGCCAAGUAUUGCAGUUUCAUUGUACUCGUACAUCUCAAAACAAUAUGAAUGGUAAAUUAAUAAUUCACAAAAAUGUAACAUCCUUUAUUGUCUGCUGGUGUGGACCCGGGGUAAUCACUGGUAAACAUGUAGCCUACUACUGUUUAGUAACUUCAAAAGCCUCAAAUAACUUGCCUCAAAUGAAUGCUAGAGUUGUAGAAGAGGAGAUAAUGUCUUUGUGUACAUAAUCAGUAUGAUGUGGUGACAGUAAUGUAACGUUUUUGCACUGAAAUAAAUGAAAAACACAAACUUAGUAAUGAACAUAAAACAUAAUUCAGGAAAUUAGCAACAAGUCAUGCACAAAGCUAGAACCACACAAUAUAAGAUGUGCCAAUUAACAUGGCUGUUUUUAGUUUUCAGUUCCAAAACAAAUGUGGAGGAAACCCACAUAUCUGCUGCUGCUGUAUCGAUUGCUUCUACAAAUACUGCACAACUGCUUUGGUUUGAAAACUAAAAUGUAUCGCUGUACCAUUUAGUGAAAUGUAACUGGGAGCUGCAUGUAAAUACUCACCUCAUAGUAUUUUUGUAUGUGGUAAAAAAAAAAUCUGAAAAGAAUACCCAUCUUUUUCCCUGAAGGCUUAAUUUGAUAUUACAAUAAAUUGAUUUCUCUAAUGUUUUCCCCCCAAAAUAUUACAAUAAGUCACAAUUACAUUAUAUUGGCUCCUAAUUUUCUAAUGUUCUGUUAUAUCAGUGCAAUAUGAGUUUAUAAAGAGCACAAAAACAUCUCAACAUAUUUCAUCAUGUGUAGUUAAAGCCAAAUGUAUAGCUUGUAGCGUUACACAAUAAAUACAAAUAUUUAAAAAAGAAUACAUUGUGAUACAAACUACAAAACUGUGAAGAUAGGGCUAUUAAAACAAAGGAACUCAAUACAUAUAUAUUCAGUCUUAACCUAUUCAUUUACUAUUUAAUUUAGAGAAUAUCAGUGGUGGUAUGAAAGUACAUUUCCUCAAGUACUGUGCUGAAAUUGAUUUAUUAGGUAUUUUUAAGGAAGGGCUUUAAGUUUAUUUUGAUGCUAAUACUCUUUGUAGUAUCACAUACAGUUAGUACUUCUUUCCGCACUGUAGAAAACCCACAGUGCAGACUUUACACAGCGAGUGCACAACUCCAUACACUGAUGGCAACAUAUUAACAACAUCGUAGUACAAUUUUCCAUGAAUAGCCAAGUACUACAGCAUGUGCACAAGAACACUUUGCUAUGCAAUUUGAAACAAAGUGGUCCUGAUUCAAUAUCAGUUGCAACUAAAACCCAUAUCCAGUUGAAAAUAGUCCUUCACCUUGCUAUAUUUAUUUAUUUGACUGAUUCAGUGCAAAAUUAUGCUGCACUUUAGGCCUCACAUCAGGCACACUAAAGGACUGAAAUACACAGCAAGUUCAGGCUGAUCUCCUGCCUUCUAUGUUUGAAAAGCUUCAGCACCUUGAAAAAGGAAAGCUGGUCAAAACAUUUACUGAAUGUGCAGCGAGUUGUAAAGGAGCGCAGGUCCCUCUGAUGCUGUAUGCAGAAUGUGGUCAAUUAUUUGUCUUUAUUCUGAAGUACUUAUGCAACAGUUUAGCUUUUCAUUUCAUAGGUAAUGUGUUUUCGUAGUUAAUAAAACAAACCUUAUUCAUCAAGGCCACAUUUUGAUGCUUUUAACGUGGAAAAAACAACUAAAAGAGCACAGCUAGGGAUGCAUUGUGGAGUUGUACUGUCACUUGGUUGUACAUAAACUGACAGAAGAGUGACAUUCAUUGCCUCUCAACUGAACAGUGCGCUGAAAGAUGUAAAUUGUUGAGAAGUUACUGCUCACAUCUGUAUUUCCAUCUCAGGGUGCCUACUGAACAUGUUGUCGUGCUUCACAGUUUUUUGGCUGCCAUAUACAUUUCAAAUUUGUAUUACUGUCAGUGUGGUGUUUAACUGUGGUAUAUUGUUAUGGAGAUGUCUUUGAAAUUGUAAUAUAUGUGUCAGAAGCUCAAUAACCGAACAGAUUAACAGUGUAUUACCGUUUAAUGCUCUCUUUUUCAACUGCAAAGUGCUUCAAAAACAACCUCUUGCUUAAUGGGAAUGUACAUUGCUUUACCACAAACAUUUGUAUUCCAGUGUGGCUUGAUUAAAUCAACUUAU